AAAACACAUACACACACACACACAUACACACGCCCACCCACCCACACACACACGCACACAGGCACACCAUGUCGGAGCGCAAGCGUUAUCACAAGGACAAUGCGCCCACGGAUGAUAUUAUCACGCUUAUCAAUUUGGUGCGCCAGAAUCCGGCGCUAUAUAACUACAAGCUGCAGCCGAACCAAAGGCGACGCCCGGACAUACUCAGCGGCUGGCAGGAGGUCUCCCAGCAAAUGGGCAACAAGUACAGCGUGCAGGAGGUGCGACGCAAGUGGAAGAAUCUGCGGGACACAUAUCAUCAAUACCGUCGACGCUCGCCCAAAUGCAUUGAGGGACGUCUGUCGAAGUGGCGAUAUGCCAAGCAGCUGGACUUCUUGUCGAAGGUGUAUCAGCCGAAGCUGAAGGCGCAUCGCAAUGCGAUGGCCGCUUUGGUGCAGAUCAAAAAGCAGCCGGACGAGGAUGACGAUAUCGAUGAUGAUGAUGAUGUUGUCAAUGGCAUACAGCAUGACCAUGAUGUCGAUCAUGAGCUAAUCGAUGAAGAUGGGCACUCGAACGCAACGGCCAUGUCCUCCUCGCAUCAUGCCAGCUCGCAAAUAACGCUGGUCGAUGAGACCGAGACAUUCAUAUUGACCGCCUACGAGGAGAGCGUGGCCGAUGAUACGGUGCACACGCAUCAUCAGCAUGCUCACCAUGGCCAGCAGCAGCAUCAUCAUCAUCACCAUCAUCAUCAUCAGCAGCAGCAGCAGCAGCAGCAGCAACAGCAGCAGCAGCAGCACCAUCAUCAUCAUCACCAUCAGACGCAGCAUGACGGCAGCAUUUCCAGCAUUGAAUUGUCACAAAUCACGCAGGACGACGACGACGUUGUCGACGAUGAGCUGGACGAUGAUGACGAUGAGGUCGUCGAUCAUGAUGGCCAGACGGUCGAUAUUGUUAAGCAUGAACUGGACGAGGAUGGCGUCGCCAACGGCACCGAGGUUGACUACGAGGAGGUUUGCCUCUACGAAGAGGCCAGCGGUCCGCACUGCGAACUGGGCGUCGAUGGCAGCAGCGAUGUCACCGACAGCAAGGGCUUCCAUUACAUUGAUGCCGAUGGCUUUUGCAUUGAAGACAUCGAACCGGAGCCCGAGCAGCGCAACACCGUUGCCGUGCCGCUGCGUGCCACACAUCAUGCCCAGCAUCCGCAUGCACAGCAUGCAACGCAUCAUUUCGCCAGCGCAGCGACCGUCAGCAGCGCCACGGCCAGCAACAGCGUGCUCUCGGGCAAUGGCAGCGUCAUCACGGCCGACGCCAAGCUGAAGAAUCUCACGCUGGUCACAACGACGGCGUCGGCGAGCAGCCAGCGCUGCCAGGAUUCAGCUGCCAGCCAGCAGCAAAUAGCGCUCGUCGAUGUGACCGAAGCGACCAGCACAAGUGUCACCAUCUCGAGCACGCCGGCGGUUGCCUUGAAUGCGGCAACGGUGAGCACCACGCUGCCAGCGGCGGCAGCGGUGCCGGCGGCAGCAACAGCCACACUGUGCAAUACUUCCACAAAUACGCCGUACAAUAGCGCUGCGACGGCGACAACUAUUUUACAGCUGCCGGCUUUGAGCUGCGGCGGCGGCGGCGGCGGGAAUGGGAAUGGGGGCGCCUCCUCCAUCAGCGUCGCGUCGAGCAGCACGCUGAUCAAGGACGACGAACAGCAGCAGUUGGCGCAGGCGCUGAUCAAGCGCGAUGAGCUUGAUUUGUUCUUUGAUUUUCUCAAAAAGAAAAUGCAAUAUUUUAGCAAGACACAAAUCACGCACAUCCAAAUGGAAUUUCUCAAUUGUGUCAGCAGGCAGGAGGUCGCCGAUCAGGAUGCCAAGGAUUAGCUGGCCAAUUCUUCGUUUACUUCAAUCUAUGUCGAUUUGUAGCAAAAACACAAUAUGGAAUACAAAAAAAAAAAAAAUAGAAAGCUGCACCUGACCCCGAACCCGAAAUCGAACCCUGCCCAGUUCUUCUCUUUCCUUUUUGUAAGUGUUUGUCUGUAGCUUUAGCCUCGCUUUAAUCUGCAUUCAUAUGGUAUAUAUAUAUAUAUAUAUGCCUAUAUGCGUGUAUAACUGUAUAUCCGUAUGCUAUGUUUUAACGUAAACCCCACAACAGUAAAAAUUUAAAAUUUAAAAAAAAAACGCAAAAUACAAAAACCUAAACAUAAUCAAUUAGCAUGUACGGCCUUCGAGUGUAAUGAAUAUAAUUGUAAAAUAAACUAAUCAAUUCU